AUGGGAAGAACUCCUUGUUGCUCUAAGGUAGGACUGAACAGAGGAGCUUGGACUGCUCUUGAGGACCAAACUCUCACAGAUUACAUCAGAACCCAUGGAGAAGGAAAAUGGAGAAAGAUCCCAAAGGAAGCUGGUCUCAAGAGAUGUGGAAAGAGCUGCAGACUGAGGUGGCUGAAUUAUCUUAGACCUGAUAUCAAAAGGGGAAAUAUAACUCAGGAGGAAGAGGAUCUCAUCAUUAGGCUACACAAGCUAUUAGGCAACAGAUGGUCACUGAUAGCAGGGAGAAUCCCAGGGCGAACAGACAAUGAGAUCAAAAACUACUGGAACACAACCUUAGGGAAGAAGGUGAACUGUACGGAUCAACAAACAAAGCAGUCCUCUGGUGCUGUUAACGACAACACGAAGAAGAAGAGAAACAAGAGCACCAAAUUACCAACGUCCACAGAUAAAACUCAACCGUCGACCAACAUUGCAGUCCGUACAAAGGCAUUAAGAUUCAACAAGGUUCUUGUCACCCCACCUGCACAACAAGAAGCCAUCUUUCAGCACCAAGCCGAUGGAAAUCACGGGGACUUGGUGGCGAAGAAGAAGGCGGCUGCUGCCAACUACUACAGCUCUGAAAAAGAAGACACGACAGCUUCGGAGGACCUCAUGUUGGAUUUCGACGUCGGGGAGCUUUUGAUGUCUGGAAUUAACAACCCAGAUUCAGAAUUCUGGAAAAUAUGCCAUCAGUUGGACGACAACAAUGGGGGCUCAAAGAACUACAAAUGGGCAUCGUCUCAUCAUGCACCUCUGUUGUUCUCUGAGGAAAUGUUCAAGGAUUGGAUGGGAGAUGAUGACUGUUUCCACCAUUAA